CCCACCUUUCUGCUCCAGGACCACUGACCGCACACUGAACAUUAUCCGUCCACCCAGGCGGCUUCACUUCAGGGUUUAACAGAAAAUGACACAGACCUGGAGGUGACAUUUUCUAUUACACACGCUUUUUAAAACGCUUUAAACGACACCGGUGUCUUCGAGAGGCUCGCUUUUACCUGUCCCAUGUUCCUUCGCCGGUUGAGCUCUUUGAGCUCCUCCUUUCCUCCCUGCAGCCUUCCCACUCUCUCCCGGGCGUGCUUCAAGAGCAGCGCUGCUUCCUCUUCGUCCUUCUUCCUCCCACGCUACACUCCCACUCCUCAUCCAUGGUGGUUGGUGCGGGGGUUUCCACCCUGGCCUCCUCGACUCUCCCACUCCCACCCAUUGGCCCGUGACGCUUUUGCUCACAGGAUAUUACACCCUCUGAAUAUCAACCUUGGUGACUUUAGCGGUUGCCGUUCAUUCUACGCCUCUGCAGGCCACAUGAUGGAGGGCCAUGACAGAGACAGAGGGCCUCCCUACAAACGGAGGAAGAGUGCAGAGGAAAAAAGGAGCCCUGAAGAUGGGGAAGAACACAAUGGAGGAGCGACAGGGAGCAAAGAGGGAGGCUCCAGGAGGGAGCACCAUCACCUGGAUUCCAGGAAAGACAGCAGCUUUCGAUCUAAUCACCACUUCAACGAUGGAAGUGCCGGAUGUGCCAGAAGAGAUGUCAGAAGAGAAAACAGCAGAGAUAAAGAUGUGGAAAGGACUAAAAGUUGGAGUAAAGACAGACAGUGGAAAGAGAGUGCAGACAGAGAUGGAUCUGCAACUCGAGGGAGGCGUGAACAUCAGCAAGAAGGGCAUAAAGAGUCACAGCCAGUCAUGCACAAACCCAACCCCUGGUUCAGAGGGAGGGGGUCUCAGGAGCUGGGUGGGUUUCACAGAGACACAAAAGGGACUUCAGAGCAGCAGAGAGAUGGACGAAGUGAUGGAGGGCAGCCUCGCAGCACCACUCACCCCCCAAACCCGUGGCAGGUACCUGCAGGUAACAGGCAACCCUCUCCAUCAAGACUCUCACUAUCUGUGAAAUCUCUUCAAAGACACUGGGAGUCCUGCAGCUCUGACCUCCACGCACCAGGGGACACUGCAGUCUUUGACUUCUCAGUGAUGUCCUACAACAUCCUGUCCCAGCAGCUGCUGGAGGACAAUGCCUACCUGUACCAACACUGUGACCCCAGUGUCCUGCCCUGGGAGUACCGACUGCACAACCUGCUGGCAGAGAUCCAGCAGCACAACGCUGAUAUCCUGUGUCUUCAGGAAGUGCAGGAGGACCACUAUGAAAACCAGAUUAAACCUGCUCUCCAGGCACUAGGUUACCGUUGCGAGUACAAAAAGCGGACGGGAAAGAAACCAGACGGUUGUGCCGUCAGUUUCAGAACCUCCCGCUUCUCCCUCCUCUCCUCCAAUCCCGUUGAGUUUUUCCGGACCGGCGACCCCCUCCUCGAUCGAGACAAUGUGGGAUUGGUCGUGCUGCUGCAACCUAACAACGGCAUCAACCAGUCAAAUCCUUCUUUCAUCUGUGUCGCCAACACUCACCUUCUCUACAACCCCCGCCGAGGUGACAUCAAACUGGCCCAGCUGGCAAUAAUGCUGGCUGAGAUCAACCGGCUGUCCCGCCUCCCAGACGGGCAGGUGAACCCAGUUGUUUUCUGUGGGGAUUUCAACUCUGCACCCUGGAGUCCACUGCACAGCUUCCUGACCACAGGCUGCCUGCAUUACAGCGGAAUGCAGAUUGGCAUCGUGUCGGGGCAGGAGAACAGUCCCAGAGGUCAGCGUCUCCUCACGUCUCCAAUCUGGUCUCCCAGUCUGGGAAUCAACCAUCAGUGUCAGUAUGAAAACAAGCCUGCUCCCGAGCCCUCUCCCAGCAGCCCUACAGCUGUAGAAGGAGCCAUUUCUAAUCUCAGUGUGGAAGAUCUCGCUGCCAAAGCUGCCGAUGCAUUCAGCAGAGCGUGGAGGAUCGAGCACAGUCUGAAGCUGCAGUCGUCUUAUCAACACCACCUGAUGCCUGACGGGAGACCUGAGAUCACCACCUGUCACUCACGCACGGCCCUGACGGUGGAUUACAUCCUGUACAGUCCCGAUUUUAUCACUCUUCCCUCGUUUGCUGGUGGGCGGGGUCUCCAGUUGCUGGGCAGGCUGUCAUUGGUCGGCCAGGCAGAGCUGGAGGAAGUCAACGGCCUGCCUAAUCAUCGCCACUCAUCUGACCAUCUCCCCCUUCUCGCUCGUUUCCGCUUUCGGUGCUGAAACGUUGCAGGUCCGCCAAGGAAAGGAGGAAUGUUUUAGGAAUCGGAUUAAUUAUUAAACAGUCUCAAGUUAAAGUUUUCUCGCCCGCAUAAACAACAAGACAGAAGAUGAACGUUAAACACUGGAUGAUUUAUUUCAGUAUGCAUGAAGUCAUUCUUCAAGUCUUCAUCCACUUACACUCGUAUAUCCAACAAAAAUCAGACACUGACAAAGAAGUGGCUACAAAGGACGUGCAGCUGAGUCACUGGAGCAGCUACAAAGUGCAUAUUCAUUUUUUCUCAAUACUUUUUUUGUGAUGUGAUUUAAACUUCGCCUACUUCAUCUUUAAGUGGCAAAGUAGCUGCAGCAGCAGGAGGAGGAGGAUCUAUUUUCCUUUCUUCCAUUUCUAGAUUUCUGCCCCCUGAAAAAAGUCAUUGUGCACAAUGGCGGUGUUCCCCAUUCAUGAGCUCCAGCAGGUGGAAAUCUUUUUUUUUUUUUUUUUUUUGGUCUUGUGGACUUUUUAAAUUACAUAGAAAACAGAGAAAAGAGAAAAGAUCAGCACAGUCUGCAUAUUCUGAUGAACGCAGACGAUCUAUGAGCGAUCAUGAUGUCAGCAGGAUUAUAUUUGAUAUGAACACUUUGUAAAACCUGCUUACAUAAAACUUCAAAGAACCAAAAGUUUAAAUCCUUAAAUGAUGCUGAAGCUCAAACUGAAUUCUGACAGUCGGGAUUCCUCCUAAAAUUUUUAAGGUGUACGGAUCUCUAAACAUCAGAUGAAACCAUGUAGAGAAGUUCACUGUAAUUUUCUCCUGUUGGCACUUUUGUACACUUUUUUUUCUCUUUUGUUGAAUAUAAAGUCUCCUUUUUUUACUGUAUCAGGAUGAUUUUAAGUCUGUUUUAAACCUGAACAGUAACUUUAGUGCUGCUAAUGUGAGAAAUUACUUGAUGGUUUAAUUUUGCUAACAAGAAGGUGCUCGGUCUAAUUAAAAACAACAAAAAAAGUUUAACUUGUUUUUAAAACUAAGAAGAAAGCAUUUUUCCUGCUGUAUCGCUGCCAUGUGAUGGUUUCCUGUUGUAUUUUACACUGUGCCAAAAACACAACUAAGCGCUGCCAGCAGGCAAGUAUUGAUCAUAGAUUUGAUUAUUUAUCAUUAACUGAAGAUGGUACAUGAGGAACAUUUCUUUGGAUUGAUAUAUUAUUGAGAAACUUGGAUUUAGCUGCAGAUCGAGCCUCUAAAAGCUGAAUUUUGUCCACCAAGGACUCUAAUUUUUAUUCAAUCUUCAUAAAUAUCUUAACGGCAUGUGUACAUACUGAAAAUAAUACCGGGAUGUAUUUUUCUAUCAUUUGAAGGAGAUGAUUUUUAUUUGCUGGCUUUGGAAGUUUACACUCUGUAAA